AUGCUUACCCAGACAAGCCCCAGCCCUGUCACUAAGUUCAAGGAAAGUGGUGACUGCACUGUCAACUCUGGUGGAUCCUUUGUGAGUGCCAGCACGAUGGCUGGCCCCACCAUCAAUGACAGCAGUAUAAGUCCAAGUGUCUGCAGUAGCAGCAUCAGUGCGCAGCCUACUGCCUCCAUAGACACUCAAAAGUGCAGUCCAAAGAAGCUGGAAAGAGUGAUCAAGAGGAUUUUCUGGGGCAUUGAGGUGGCUGAGGAGCUGAAAUGGAAAGACUGGGAUCUGGGGAAGGAGACCACAAGGAACCUGAUCCUGAAAAAUCUCUCCAUGAAGAUCCAGAGGAUGAAGUACAGGCCUCCCAGGACCAAGUUCUUCUUCACGGCCAUCCCUCAGCCCAUCUUCCUGAGCCCAGGCAUCACCCUCACAAUCCCCAUUGUCUUCCGGCCUCUGGAGAGGAAGGAAUACAUGGACCAGAUGUGGUUUGAGAAAGAGGAGGGGAUAUUCCCUGUGUGUCUGAGGGCCAUCUUGCCUUGCCACAAGCUAGUUUGCCCAUCAUCUCUACACCUGCCCAUGUGUGCCAUUGGGGACACAAUCGAAGCCUGGUUCUGCCUGGAGAAUGUGGGGGACCUGCCCACCUUCUUCACCUGGGAGCUCCCCAGCCCAUUCCAGAUCUUCCCUAUCACGGGAUUACUGGAGCCAGGCUUGGCCUGUAAGAUGAAAGUGACCUUUCAGCCCCUCGUAGCUGUCAUCCAUGAAGUUGAGGCCACGUGCCGCUAUGGAAAGGACGGCAAGCAGAAGAGCAGCAUCCAGAUUCGGGGUGUAGGCAAAUGUGCUCAGCUGCUGGUGAGCAUCAGACACAAGCGAUUAGAAGACAAAGAUAUAGAGGGCCUCCAGAAAGUGUUGCACUUUGGCCCUGUCUCUGUGGGCUGCAUCGCUGAGAGACAGAUCAAACUGUAUAACCCAUCUGCAGUAAAUGCUCCCUUCCGGAUUGAAAUGGUCCCAGAUGUUCUGUCCAAAGACCAGGCGUUCUCGUGCUCCAAGAGUUAUGGCAUUGUACCCCCACGAGAAAAGAAAUGUGUGUCUCUGUUCUUCCAUCCCAAGACCGUGGACAGUAAAACUGUGGAAUAUUUCUCCAUCCUACCUGCUGGAUGUGCUUCCCAAACUCUGCUCCAAGUCAUUGGUUUAUGUAAAGGUCCUGCUGUGUCCUUUCAGCACUACUGUGUCAAUUUCAGCUGGGUCAUACUUGGAGAACGCUCAGAGCAGACCCUGUGGAUUGAGAACCAGUCACGUUGCUUGGCCCACUUUCAAUUUAUCAUUGACUGCCAGGAGAGUGUGUUCAGUAUCAACCCUACCUUUGGGACCCUGAUGGGCAAGGCCCGCGUGACCCUGCGCUGUGCCUUCCAGCCCACUCACCCCAACAUCUACUUUCGCCGGGUGGCCUGUCUUAUCCACCACCAGGAUCCACUGUUCCUGGACCUGAUUGGGACCUGCCAUUCAGACCGCAUCAAGCCAGUCAUCCUGAAGCCUCGGCAUCUCACCUGGUACCGUAUCCACCAGACUCGAGGCCUGGUGUCCUACCCUCCUGACAUCCUCACUGCCAUGCUAAGGGAGAAGAAGCUAGAACAGGAUCCAAAUGGGGCCCUCAUGGUGGCUCUGUCCCUGUCUUUCCCUGUGCAGGACGUGAACACACCAGCCCUGCAGUUGCCCCGCAUCCCGCCCACAACAGAAUUCUUAUUUGAUGGCACCAGUGACAUGACCAUCUUUCCCCCUGUCGUCCGUGUAGAGCCUGCUGAGGUGGACUUUGGUUCCUGCCCUGGGCCUGAGACCCCCAACCCUAUCCCCCUGUGCCUUUCAAACCACACCAAAGGCAAGAUCACAGUAGUCUGGACACACAGGUCUGAUUGCCCCUUCUGGGUGACUCCGGAGACCUUUGAUGUACCCCCACUCAAGUCUAUGGCCCUGCGCCUGCACUUCCAGCCACCCAGCCCCAACAGCCUCUAUGCUGUGGAGCUCGAAGCCUUUGCCGUCUACAAGGCCCUGUGGAGCUACAGUAAUAUAGAAGAGGACUGCACUGUGUCCCCACCCUGGUGUCUGACAGUGCAGGUUCGAGGCCACAGCUAUAGCGCUGUCUCGGAACACCGCAUACCUCAGUAUUCUCUGGAUACACCCAAGCUGUUUCCUGCAGUGCCUUCUGGUGAGUCUUCCUACCGCAGCCUGCUUCUGGAAAACAAAGGUUCCGAAAUGCUGACCUUCAACCUGACCCCCAAGAGCAGCUCAGAUAUUACCCUCCGACCCUCCUCAGGCAUUGUAGCACCUGGAGCCCACCAGAUCUUUAUUAUCAGCACCCACCCCAAGGGCACUGCCUGGAAGCAACACAUUUUCUACCUGCAGUUCAACUUUUACCCCCACUAUCUCAAGGAGGUGAGCAUGCAGAGCCGAGAGGAGCCAGUGCAACUGAAGCUGGACACCUGCAAAAGCAUCUACUUCAAGCCCACCUGGGUGGGCUGUUCUUCCACCAGCCCUUUCACAUUCUGCAACCCCACACGCAUGCCUCUGGAGUUUGAAUGGAGGAUUUCCCAGCAGCACCAAAGGACACUGGCUGUCCAGCCCUCCAAGGGGACCAUCCAUCCCAAUGAGACCCUUACACUGUCGUGGAUCUUCAGUCCUUUGGAGCAGACCAAGUACCUGUACCGAGUGGGAAUGUGGGUCUGGGAAGCGGGCCAGCAUCUAAACACCAAGCUUCAGUCCACCACAUACUACAUGGUCCGACUGGUGGGCAUGGGCACCACUGCCAGCCUCAGUGCAAAGACGAAAGAGCUGGACUUUGGAAACGUGCUGGUGAACAGCAGGCAGUCUAGGGACCUGGCUCUCCUGAACGAAGGCAACUGCACCAUCUACUACCGCCUGACCCUGGAGCAGACCAGUCCUGAGGGCGUAGAACAUGACUCCCCAGCAGCUCUGCAGCUGGACCACUCAGAGGGGAGCAUGCCACCCCGUUCCCAGGACACCAUCAGCUUGACGGCCUGCCCUAAGCACAGGUUCCAGUACUCCUGGACCAUCAGCUACUCUCUCGUGUCCUGCAAAGUUUGCUGCCAAGGUCAGUUCCAUGCCAUCUCUAGCAGGACCCCUUUCUGUGCUGACUGCCCCAUCCUUUGCACGGUCUCACUCUCCUUGCUUCCCAUUCCUCUUUCCAGGGCCUUUCUCUUUCCAAGUGACCAGCGGCUUGACGUGGAGCUGUGGGCAGAGCAAGUAGAGCUCAGCAGCACUGAGCUCCAUCAAAUGCGCGUGGAAGACAAUUGCCUCUUCUCUGUUAACCCCAAGUCUGGUUGUCUGUGUCCUGGAGAGGAGCAGAUGGUGGAAUUCAAAUACAGCCACCUGUUCAUAGGCACGGAUCGCCUCCCCGUACUGUUCAAGGUGUCUCAGGGCCGAGAGAUACUGCUGAAUUUCAUAGGUGUGACUGUGGAGCUAGACCAGAAGUAUGUGCACUUCGCUUCCACCAACCACAGUUUCACCCCUGUCCGCAUCGGUGACACGCUGCCCCCACGGCAGAUCUAUGAGCUGUAUAAUGGUGGCUCAGUGCCUGUGACAUAUCAAGUCGAGACCAGUAUACUGUCACAGGUUCAGGAAAAAAAUUUUGACCACUCCGUCUUCUGCUGCCUCAACCCCAAAGGGGAGAUCCAGCCAGGCACCCUCGCUAGGAUCCUGUGGAUCUUCUCACCUAUUGAAGCCAAAACUUACACGGUGGAUGUGCCCAUACACAUUGAAGGAUGGAACUCAGCCCUUAUCCACUUCCGGGGAGUGGGCUAUGACCCCAACAUCAUGGGUAACACAGCUCCAUUCCACAACAUCUGCUUGUGGGACUCCAGCUCCGUACCAUAUAGGCUGAUGGUUCCUGGGCAGGUUGUCUUCCUGUCCCAGUCCCAUGUCUCCUUCGGAAACAUCCCUGUACAGAGCAAGUGUAGCCGGAUGCUCUUCCUCAACAACACCUCCAAGAAGGACACAAUCUUCUUCUCCUGGCAGCCAAGUUCCAUAGACUUUGGGCAGAUAUCUGUGGAUCCGAUGGAAGGGGAGAUGGCUCCUGAAGAGACAGUCCCAUUUGUGGUGACCCUGCAGGCCUCAGUGCAUGCUAGCUUUUAUGGCGUGGACCUGAUAUGUAAGGUAUACCGGCAAGAACUCAUGUGGAAGUACCACAAGGAGUUAAAGGAGUGGGAGAAGGAGAAGAAGCGGCAGGAGGAGGAGUUUAUCAUCACAGACAGGAAAGUGAAGAGGAGAGUUUUCUGUACAGCCUGUGAACCUGUGAAGAGGUAUAAGACACUGCCCCCCAUCACAAACCAGCAACCCUCCUGCCAGCCUGCCAGCUGGAAACUGCGGAUGACAAAGGAGGAGCCACCGUGGUCACACCCCCAGCCACCCACGCCAGCCAUUCUCUGCCUGAGCCUCACUGCUCGAACCCACGCCAUUGACUACUACCUGGCCAACUUCUUCUCUGAGUUUCCCCGCCACUUCUUGCACUGGGAACUGCCAAAGAAGAAAAGCCACAGGGAAGAGACAGAGGCUUCUGAGGAAGAAGCUGUAGCUGAAGAGGUGGAGCCUGUCUCCAAGCAAAUGAAGCAACUUCUAACUGACUGCCUUACCUCCAUCAUCAGGGGCCUGCUGGAAGACAAGAACUUUCAGGAGGCUGUGGAUCAAAACCUGGUAGAGGAAGUGCCCUAUUUCUGCCAGUUUUGGAGUGAGCAAUCUGCCCAGACCAUGGCCCCCUACAGCAGCCUGUACUUGAUGCCAGUCACGUCCAUGACUUCUGACAACAAGGCAGUGGUGAAGAAGGAAAGAGAGGAAGAGGAAGAAGAAGAGGAGGAGCAGGAGGAAAAAGAGGAGGAAGAGGAGGAAGAAGAAGAGGAAGAGAUGGAAGAGAUGGAAGAGGAUUAUGAGUUUGAAAAGCUGGAGAUGGAGGAGGAAGAGACAGAGGGGAAGGAAGUAAAGUUGACCUGGAUGGGGGUUGAGCCUAUGCUGCAGCAUUCCCAGCAGUCUCUGCAAUGGCAGUGGAGUAAGAACCUGAGACACAUGAAGAAGGAAGAGCAGGAGCAUGAUGAGAAAGAGGCCAUUGGAAGGCUGCGUGCCUUCGCCAACCUGCAGGAGGCGCUGUUGGAGAAUAUGAUCCAGAACGUCCUAGUGGAGGCCAGCUACGGGGAGGUGGUGCUCACCUCGCGGCCGCGCAUCAUCACAAUGCGGCCGGUGGACGCGCCGCCCCCGAAGACUGACGUGCUGCCGUCCCCGCAGCCAACAGAGCAGCAAACGGAGGCGUCCAGCGUGGCCGCCGCCGACCAUACGACCGCUGACCCUACGACCGAAUCUUGGCCGAUGUCGCCACCCACCUCCUCUAAUAUUCAGCCCUAG